AUGGCGCAAAUGAUGAUGCUACUCCGCAAGCAGGGUGUGAACAUCAUCCCUUAUCUAGACAAUCUCCUGAUAAUGGAAUCGCCCAGGGAGAAGCUGCUGCAGUCCAUUGUUCUCACAACGCGGCUGCUUCAGAGUCAUGGGUGGAUUCUGAAUUUUCUAAAGUCACAUUUGGAACCAACCCAGAGAUUGUCAUUUCUGGGAAUGAUCCUGGAUACGGAAGUGCAGCGGAUGUUUCUUCUGCGGGACAAGGCGUUGGAAAGUCAGAAGUGCAGGACACCCACUAUGCUCACAAAGAAAAUGAUGGCUCCAAAAUAUUUUGCUUUCUUCUUCACUCUUGUAGUGUUCAAAACUGUAAAUGGUGAAGAAACGAAUACAAGAUCAUCACUGAGCAGUGAGGUUGCAGAGCCCGUGCAGAGACGAUACUCAGAGGCUAUUCUCGCUAGUGACUACAGUAGAUCAGUUGAUAACAUGCUCAAAAAGAAUUUUGUGGACUGGUUGCUGGCCCGAAGACAGAAGAAAAGCGACAAUAUUUCUGAUCUCAAAAAGAGGCAAAUGGACUUCCAAGUUCCAGACUACAGUAUGGACAAAGACACAAUGGAUGAGCCUGAAGGAAACAACAACUUUAUGCCCUGGCUGUUAAAAAACAAACACGUGAACAGGAGAUCACCGGAGAGGAGAAGCAGCUUCCACAAUGAUGUGAAAGUAGCAGUAUGUCAAGAGACCUUGGAUCUACUCAUGGCAAUGGAUUUGUGCACUGCUAGAUUCCCAUAAUUAUUGAAGAUAAUAAUAGCCACAGUCAUCGGACUUAAGUAUUGUCAGCUGAAGAACCUGUACAAAUGUUUAAAACUCUAGUAGCAACCAGCAUUCAAAAUGUAUUCACAAUGCAAACAAUAAAACAUACAUGAGAAAUAA